AUGUCUUCAAUCCUCUACCCUCUCGCAUCCCUCUCUCAAAUAGAGAAGACACCCUCUAUGGAAGAUGGGCUUCCGCAAGACCUAGAAGAAGACCUUCGGGCGUAUGGGUGUAAACUGAUCCACCAGGCGGGGAUUCUGUUGAAGCAGAAACAGGUCGCUGUGGCUGCUGCGCAGAUACUUUUUCAAAGGUUCUGGUUCGUCACAUCGAUGAAGCAGUUCGGCGUUGGAGACAUUGGGAUGAGCGCCCUCUACCUCGCCUCCAAGCUCGAAGAAUGUCCCAUCCGGAUGCGCGACCUCAUCAACGUGUACGACCUGCUCCUGCAGCGCUCCGCGCACUCGCUGACCUCCAAGCCUGAGGCGGACUUCCACUACCACCCCAUGACGUACUUUGGGUCGACGUUCUACGACCUCAAGGACGCGCUUGUCGUUGCGGAGAUGCAGAUCCUGAAGCGCCUGGGGUUCAACGUGCAUGUGGUACUGCCCUAUGGGACACUUGUGAGUUAUAUGCAAGUCCUGGGGUUGGCGGGGCGGGAGGACGCGUGUGAGAGGGCUUGGGGGUAUCUGAAUGAUGCGCACCAGACACCAGUAUAUGCGCUGUACCAAAUCCCGACUAUUGUCUGUGCAGCGAUCUUCCUUACAGCGAGGCAUCUGCAAGUACCCCUUCCUUCGAAGUCGCCUGUAUGCUGGUGGGAGCUGUUCGAUGCGAACUGGGAAGAAAUCUGGAGUGUGAGCGGCUACAUUAUGCGGCUUUACCGGCAGAGAACGCCAGAGGAGAGGAGGAGAGUGCUGGGCUUAGUAUCGAAGAAGGAUGUGCGGAAGUGGUUGGAGGAGAACCAGGCCAAUCCCGUAUAA